CCCUUUACCCAUUUUCAUCCAGGGGUGCCGCUUGUCCUAACAAACAGAUGAAGAGAAGAGUCACAACCCAAACUGUCAGGAUUACGGCACAUGACAAGAAUCACAGGGUCAAAGAUUACAUACUCUGGUUGCCUAGCAACUGGACACGGAUGGUGGCUGGAGCCACGGCUGACCCCCAGAGAAACAGCUGCUAAAGCCGGGGAAGGCUAUCAUGGGGCAGAGCAAGAUGGCCAUGGAAGUCUAUCCUCUCCAGCAAUAAGUCCCACUUUAUUGGAUGCAAUGAUAGCUGGAGAUUGGUCUGGAGAUCACGUUAGCAAUUCCAUGAAGAUGCCUUCACGAGGUACACCAGCCGGAGCCGGUGUUUCAGCCAUUUAUCUGAAUUGUCUCUUCAGCACAACAAUGACAGACUACAUGUUCCUCGUGCUACUGCAAGCGGCCUGCGGCGUCUCCGGACUUGUCUCCCGUCAAGCACAUCUAGGACGUUAUUGGUCAGCAAUUGAUAAGGGCUGCCAUGUUGCUCUUGAUGCUUUGUGUGCCCAAGUCCAUUCAGCAUGGCAGAACAUUCCUCAGACAAGUCCAUACAAGCACCGAGGGACAAACACAGACGGAGUCUGGACGGCACACUUCACACCUCGUAAAACCGGGAACAGCAUAAUAACGGCCGGGAGAGGAACGUCUAUUGCGCUGUUUGUUAAUAAACUACCGACCCCCCCCUGCUCGUCAGCUGGACGCUUCACACAAGUAUUUACUGGCCGGGAUUACAGUCGGACGUCGCUUAUCAGGCUCCUACUGGAAGAGCGUAACAAUGUGUCGGGAGGUUUCUGGACAUAAGCCCUGGGACCUAUGAAACCUGUCAUUGAGGGAUGUCCAGUAGAUCUCCACCCCAGAGGAUCUGGAAGGUUGGAUUGUCAGCACUGAAGUUGGCGUCUUCUUUGUAGACACUUGUUACUAUUCCGAGCCCUUUAUCAAUGGCCUCCAACUCUCAUCCUCAUUAUUGUCCUUCUUUUCACGUGACCAAGGACCUAUGCCUGGCAUCAUCAUCUUAUUACUUGAUCCCUAUCAUCUACCAUUAGCCUUAAUGAAGAACGUAUCCAUAUUAUCUUCCACCAGGGACCUACACCUAACAUCAUCCAAUAUCAUAACCAAGAACCUACACCAAACAUCAUCCACUAUCAUAACCAAGGACCUACACC